CAGAAAUCAAGAAUAGCCACGUAUGAAAAAAUGUGGGCCUUUAUGAAUAGCAGGAGGCAGUCGGUGCUUGUCAAAAGUAACGAAGAAGGUAUCCAGCGUGUACUCACCUCUGAUUAUGCCUUCCUAAUGGAGUCAACUACCAUUGAGUUUGUUACACAGCGGAACUGUAACCUGACACAGAUUGGUGGCCUCAUAGACUCCAAAGGUUAUGGUGUUGGAACUCCUAUGGGGUCCCCCUACAGAGACAAAAUAACCAUCGCAAUUCUCCACCUGCAAGAAGAAGGCAAGCUCCACAUGAUGAAGGAGAAGUGGUGGCGAGGCAACGGUUGCCCGGAAGAGGAGAGCAAGGAUGCAAGUGCCCUUGGAGUACAAAACAUUGGUGGCAUCUUCAUCGUGCUGGCAGCAGGAUUGGUUCUCUCCGUCUUUGUGGCAGUGGGGGAGUUUUUGUACAAAUCCAAAAAAAAUGCCCAGUUGGAAAAGUGGCCUCACAUACAUGUUGAAAGGAGAGAGGACAGAAUGAAACCUUGUGGAAUCCCGCAUGAAAGAGAGACCGCGGGGCAGGUGAGCAAUUGCCCAGUAUCAUCCUCUGAGAUCUCUCUGAGGGGGAAGAAUGGAACUACACAAGUGCAGUCCCACCAACCCCAACCUAGAUCUACAGAGGUCCUUCUGUAGUGCCAUGGUGGAGGAGCUGAGGAUGUCUCUGAAGUGUCAACGUCGGUUAAAACACAAACCACAGGCUCCUGUUAUUGUGAAAACAGAAGAAGUUAUCAACAUGCACACAUUUAAUGACAGAAGGUUGCCAGGUAAAGAAACCAUGGCAUAGAGCUGGGAGGCCAAGCAACCCCAAGCACAAACUGAUGUCUUUCCCCCUUCCCCCUUUUUAUUUUUCCCCCCAAACCAACUUUUGCGAGAAUGUUUCCUGUGGAAAUAUGCAAGCUGUUCAAAAAUAAAAUGAGUUACCUCAUGCCGCUGUGUCUAUGAACUAGAGACUCUGUGAUCUAAGCAGGUGCAAAGGCCAGACUCGAAUCACAAGCGUCACGGAUCAACCAAGUUUAUAAGGGGAGGGGAGGGGUGGGGGGUGGGUGGGCAUUCCACCAUUUGUCAUGAGUUCCACCAUUCCUUAAUGAACGAAAGGUUCUAUUUGUUUUAUGGCUGGCUACGAACGCAGCCGCAGUGAGAACUAGCAGGCUCCUUUUGAAGUUCAUCCGUCGCCAGGGGCUGGAGAAGGAAUGAACAGCUAAAGAAACUAACUACCGAAGGAGUCUGUGAAAGAUAGUAACUCAGCACUCUAGCGGGGAGAAAAAGAGGCUGCUGUGUACUGCCAAGCACCGAAAAUCUUAUAUUUGCUGGCCAAUGUCUACAUGAUGUUGUUCCAGCUAGCUGAUACAAGCUCAUUCAGUGGGAAAAUCAAUGCAACGAAAAUGGAAACCUGGAAAUAGAAGAAUGGACAGAUGAUGCUUGACGUGUCUCUUGUGUCACUGACCUGAAUAAAAACAAACUCUUAAGUCAAGCAGUAGAAAAUUAAAUAUUUCACCUAUACUGGAACUCUGUUGUGAGAGAACCCAAAGAAGGUGGGCUGUGCUUCAGAUGAUACACAAAGUUUCCCCCAGUUAAAAGGAAAGAUGUAUCUUAUGAUGCUUGUCUCUGAGCAAUUUCUUCAUUGUCUAACUGUGAAGCAAAGACACAAUGGAGGCGUGGGGUUUUCUUUCCCCCUUUCUUUUUUUAAAUGCCUGAGCGGGUUUGGAAAACUCGUGUUCCUGCUUUGAAUUGAACUCACUGGAGCCUGUGGAAUUCUCGCUACUGGUGGAAAUAGGAUGGGUUGUCUAAAAAUUUAAAAAGAAAAAGGACAGUAUGUGGAGGACUUUGAAAUGGACUGCAUUUCUCAAUACAGUCAACAGUGUUCAAAUAAGCAAAACCCUUGAACAAUUUUUUCCCUCCCCCCAGAAAAGCAAGGGGGAAAAAAUGUUCAGGUUUAUUUGUGGAAAUGCAAGAUUUCUAUGAAAAUAGUUUUUGUAUGGAAAUUUUUUGUAAUACUUUUUAAAUCAACAAUCUCAAGAACCUGCGUUCCAGUCAGGGGUGUGGUGCCAAGAGUGACUGGUAGUGCGUUCGCACCACCAACGUUUGGUGAAAACUAUUUUUAUCAAGGUAAAAAAAAUAAAAGGGGGGAAUCUUAGAAGAGAACUAUUUUCAAGUUAGAUAAUAUAAAAUCUAGGUGCACUACCAAUACCGCUUACUAUACCACACCCCUGGUUUCCACUAGCCUGAUAACAUACUGUCAUGAACUGAUGUGUGUAAAUGAUGAAAGACACAGACCUCUUGACCACAUUGUGAUAACAGUUGAAGUGCACACAGUUUGCUGUUUGAAUCCAAUGCACAACAUUAAAAAAACAAAAACAAGUCACACCCACAUUAAAAAAAAUUGUCAGUUUUUAGUUGUCUUCUGGGUAGGGUGGCUUGGGAAUGCUGUGUGAUUUGAGCAAUGUGUGUGCAGUGCCAUCAAAACUGGUACUUGUAUUAGAAUCUUGUUCUGCAAACACUCACUUACUUCCCAUCCUUAUUAUAAGCAAGAAUGUUAGCAUCCAAAAAAGUGUGUUCAGGAUUGGGGCCUAGCUACCGCACAAUGCUUUUGCUACUCUUCCUUUAAAGUACUUUUAAACAAUUGGGUACUAGACCUCUGGGAAUGAAUACCAGUUGCACAAUGUGUCCUGCGCAACUUUUGUUAAUUUCAGUAAGACAUACACAGGAGAAGCACCUGAUGAUUACCCCCCAUGGCCCAUUUUUUUUUUAGGGGGGAGUGGAGUUACACCUAUGAUAAUGACAUUUAAAGACACACAGAUGUUUCAGCUGCCCUUACGGUGCUCAGUCAGAUGUGAUACCAUCCUAAUAAUUUUAACUUAGUCUUAUUGUAAAUUUGUAUCCUGAAAAUAAAAUGUAUAAUGUUGAGAUAUGUAGGGACACUUGCCUACACCCACAGUUUAUAAAUAUAGCUUUUUAUUCCAGAAAAAAAUAUCAUUUCUCUCUUUUUUUCUUUUUUAAAUAAACAGAAUCCAAACACUG